AAGCAGUCACGGGGUUGUAUUGCUCAGUCAUUGCCCUUAAUACCGGGAGGGCUGCGGGUUUGCAAAACAGACCGGACUUGGAGCAGCACGAGAAGCGCACCUGCUCCCCGUCGGUACCUGAGAGUCGCUACGAUCCAGCCCAGCCGCCAUCGCCAUGGGGCUCCGCUCUUUAAUCCUGCUCGCGUCCCUGGUGGUCGCUAGCUCGGCGCUCAUCAGAAUUCCAUUGAAGAAGUUCCCCUCCAUGCGCAGCAUCUACACAGAAUAUGGGACCAAUGUCCAAGACCUGAAUGAGUUGGGGGAAAUGCUGAAGUACAAAUUUGGGGGCGCUGAUGUGGGCGCACCAACCCCAGAAACUUUGAAGAACUACAUGGAUGCUCAGUAUUAUGGAGAGAUUGGCAUUGGGACACCCCCACAGAAGUUUACUGUGGUCUUCGACACUGGCUCUUCCAACCUCUGGGUGCCUUCUGUCCACUGCCACUUGUUGGACAUUGCUUGCCUGCUGCACCACAAAUACGAUUCUUCCAAGUCCAGCUCGUAUGUGAAAAAUGGUACAGACUUUGCCAUCCAUUAUGGUACUGGGAGCCUGUCAGGAUUUCUCAGCCAAGAUCAUGUAACGAUUGGUGACCUGACUGUCCAGAAUCAGUUGUUCGGUGAAGCUGUCAAGCAGCCUGGUAUCACUUUCAUUGCUGCAAAGUUUGAUGGCAUCCUUGGCCUGGCAUACCCUAAGAUCUCCGUGGAUAAAGUGAAGCCUUUCUUUGACAAUGCAAUUGAGCAGCAGCUAAUGGAAAAGAACAUAUUUUCCUUUUAUCUAAACAGGGAUCCGAAAGCAGCCACUGGAGGUGAAUUGCUUUUCGGUGGCGUGGACCCACAAUAUUAUACUGGGGACUUCACCUGGGUGAACGUCACUCGCAAAGCUUACUGGCAGAUCCACAUGGACAAGGUUGACGUUGGCAAUGGCCUGACUGUGUGCAAAGAUGGCUGUGAAGCUAUUGUAGACACAGGGACCUCCCUCAUUACAGGCCCAACAGACGAAAUUAAGCAACUGCAGAAAGCCAUUGGAGCUAAGCCAAUCAUUAAAGGACAGUACAUGCUUCCGUGUGAUAAGCUGUCUUCCCUUCCCACUGUGAACUUGGUCCUGGGAGGGAAAUCCUAUGCCCUCACUCCAGAUCAAUAUGCCUUGAAGGUUACUGUUCAAGGAGAAACUCUUUGCUUGAGUGGAUUUUCAGGCUUGGAUGUCCCACCACCUGGUGGACCUCUUUGGAUCCUGGGUGAUGUCUUCAUCGGCCCUUAUUACACCGUGUUCGAUCGAGAUAAUGAUGCCGUCGGUUUUGCAAAAUGUUCCGGCAGUGCGUAAAUGCAACUGACAACCACCUCCUACAGUCUCUCUCUCCAAAUUCACUCACAAACACACUGGAGUUUUCUACUGUCUCUUGUAGGCAUUAGGAACAAAAUUAGGAAAGUUAAAAGGAAAAAAAAUUGACACUUUAAAAUUUAAAUAAGGAGCAGAGAUCUUUAAAAAAUAAUAAUAAUCUGAAAAGCUACUACGGUAGUGACCAUUGAACAAACACUUCCUUCCUCGAAUGACACAGGCCAUAGAAAAGUUAUAAUAAAAACGUACCUAAGGAGCCCCAGCAUUGUAUGAGCUCUUCAAACAUCUGGCUACUUGACAUGCUAUCCCUUUUUAAGCAUAAGAACUAUAAAUACCAUAUUUAAAUUAACACAGUUGCUUGGGAUUGGACUAGGUGAACCCUUUGGUGUUCCUUCCAAUCCUACGAUUCUGUUAUUCGCUCCAAAAGAGAAAUCUUCUUAGAUUCACUUGCCUAGCUGUUCCCCAUUUUUAAUUUAUUGAUAUAUAUAUAUAAAGGCAACAUAGAGAACAGGAUCUUUCACAGUUGUUUAUGGGGGGGAAGUGCUAGGUAGUUGGGAAGUUACCACGGAAUUUGCAUUGGGCUAAUGAUCCCGUAGUAUUUCUUGCAUUGUGGGGAUGUGGGAUAUAGCAAAAUUGUCCCGAUUUGCAUUUUUAAAAGAAAUGUAGCAGGUCCACACCACUUUGGGUUAGGUGGGCUCCAAUGAGUAGAGAGUCCUUGGGAAGUUAUAACUGGAAAUGGGUAUUUCUAUAAGGUAUGAUUGGGUUCUCCCAUCUCAUAUUUUAUAAACAGCCACAGUUUUGAUUUUGGUCUGAGUGACCCCAUUCAGGUACUGUAGUUACGCAAGACAUUGUUACAACUUCUUUCUCUUGGUUUCUCAAACCUUACAUAAUUCCAUAAUUGACAAGAUGCAUCAACUUGUCAAAUAAGGCGUCUCCCCACACCCCACUAUUAAAUCAAAUCACAGCUACUCUGACACUCAUAUCUCAGUACUGCUGCCAGUACAGAAAAAUCCUGUAGAUAGGAAACCUUGAUAAAACAGGGAACCUUGGGUGUGGGGUGGGUUCAAUCUGCCCUUGCAGAAAGCAGGACUGAUCUUCCUGCUCAUCAGCUGACAAGCAGGGGUUUGAAUCCUGCUUGGUCACACUCUCCCUCCAACCCCAUGGGCCAACUUUGGCAGGUGGCCAGGAUCAUCCUCCUGUCAAGAGUUAACCUGUGGGUUGUGGGAAGAUGAAUAUCUGGCACGCCGGGCCAAAAGGGUUCCCCACCGCCGUUACGAAACUUACUCUGCUAUGAGAAGCUGGGUCUAGGAUCCCAAAUUGUAUGAACAACUCUGCACAGAGAGAUUCUGGUUACCUAGACUUUUAUGAAAAGUGUUUUAUAAAAAGAGCUGCUUCUGCAUUGGUGCCUGAUUUUGGCCUGGCAAGCAGAACGCAUGGAGCAGCCCUUCAGGACAGGGAGGUGGAGAUAAGCUAGGUAGAUGUUAGUUGAGCAAACUGGAACGUCAUCGUUGGCUUGGUAAAUGAAGUCUUCCGGUAUCUUUUUAGAUAAAUUUGAAAUGUUCCAUGAUAUUUUGGACCCCAGCCCUAAGGUUGCGAGACAGCACGGAUAACACAGAACACAACUUUUAGAUUAAACAAAGAGCUGUUCUGAUGCAGAGCCAAGCACACUUCGCUGAAGAUGCUUUAUUUUAAACUAGAUGAAAUCUGGUUCAAGAAGAGCAACACAAUAGAAAAGCUGGUGAACACGGGAGAGUAAAAGGCAUCAGGAAUUUGAACAUACAUUUGUGAAUAUGCUGCAUGUCCUAGACUACAAACCAACCCCCCCCUCCUGGUUGGGUUGAAUACUUUGGAAUGCUGAUAAGCAUCAGGAUAUCUAGAGAAAGCUAUACCUGCUUGGGAAUUGCUAACAAGAUGCUGCCAUUCAAAAACCAUGGUGUGUCUGUAAGCUUGUGAAAGAUACAGAAGUAUAUUGGAGAUGUCAUUAAAACUGUCGCAUCCUUCCCCAACCUGGUGCCCACCAUGUUGACUGGGGCUGGUUGGAGUUGCAGUCUAAAACAUCUAAAAAAAGUCUUCAACCCUGAACUAGUAAUUCAAGGUCAUUGAAUAGCUUCUCACUGAGUAAUAUCAAGUACAAAUACUCUAGGAACUUUCAUUUCAAACUUAAGUGCCCAAAGUUCUUCUUAAGAGAAGCUGUAUAGAAAGUGUCUUAAAUUUUCUUUAGGUGGUCAUUCAUAUCAGGAUAAGAUUGGACACAAGUCUUUUGUCUUGAAGAAAUUUUAUCAUGAAUGCCGUAUAUUAUAUAUAUAUAAAAGUAUCUCUCGCUCAUUAGCACUGAGUGGGCUGAUUGGCCGGUAAUAGUAUAUGUUUCAGUCUCUUAGAGGCAACUGCUAACAGCAGCCUAACACCACCACCCCUUUCAAAGGCGUGUGAUAUAGUCUAUAAAGGAGGAGAGCGUUCUCUGCCGACCUUUGGAAGGUCAAGUACAGGAAUCCGUUUGUUUGGAAUACAUUUAGAGCUGCUGGAUCUGUAGCUUGCUACUCUCCCCUUGUUUUUGCUUGCUUUUUCUAAAUGUGUAAAAUGCUCUUGUGGCUCUCCUGUUGGGCAGAUGCAAGUUGUAGCUGAUCUCCACUCAAUUUGUCAUAGAAAAAUUGUAAUGAAAAAAUAAAUUUGUCUCCUCUACAUUC